AUGCCGGAGUCUAAGGUGGAGAUGAAGAAGGAGGGAGGGGGGUCAGCUAGGCUAGGGAUCGGAAUUUUCAGUCGAGGCCCCCCGAGUCGCCACAUGGCUAUCGAAGAGUACGCCGUGGACUGGAACGGCCCGUCGACUGCGCCCCCUCCGCGCCUACGGCUGUUGCUGCUGGCGGAUGUGGACCUGGCCUCCGCGGGAAGGAUAGUGGAGUGGGCCAUUCAAGGCGGAAAGGCCUUCGACCUCUGCGCGGUGUGCGGCGACUUCGUUCCGAGACCGGAAGGAUGGUCGCCCAACGGCGAGACGGAGGAGCAGCUCUCGGCGGAGGAGGGCGAAAUGUCGUCCACGCUAGGCAAGCUUCAAGCCACCCAGCUGGAGAACACAGUCUGUCGCGUCAUCUACGUCCCGGGGCCGCUUGACCCGGUCAUCCCGUCCAUCCGGCUACCGCGAACGCGGAAUACCGCAGCCGUGCCCACCACGGCAUCGCGGCCGCCGCCGGUUGCUGCUGCCACUCCUGGCGCCGACGCUGGGCGUGGGGCCGAAGGGCGAGGGGGACAGCGGGAUGGCGGGAAAGAGAGGGUCCUGCAGCUGACGCCGACGUCGAAGAACGUGUUGCGACGAAACCUCCGCCUAGCCCCCGGCCUUUCCGCGGCGGGAUUCUCCGAAGACCCGAACCAAUGUCCAGGCAACACGGUCGGAGCCGGGGAGGGUGGUGGUGGCGCCGGCGACGACACCCCCGAAGAUCAGACCUUCGCCGCCCUGAAAUCUCUCAGCCGGAGCGGCGGCAAGAAGGGGGCCGGAAAGGCGGCGCCGGUACCGCCGGAGUCGGUCAUCCUGCUCACGAGGCUAGGCGGCCCGCGACGACCAGGCGGCGGCGCCGGCGGGGCCGGGGCCACCGUCAGCUCUGCCGAUACGCCGCCGACGUCGAACAGCAACAGUAACCAGGACACGCUGAACGUGGCGAAGAGAGCCGCUGGUCCGACCGAAGUAGAGGAUCAGGAGGCGGCCACGGCCGCACGGCUCCGUCUGCUGUGGACCGAGCCGGCCAUGGCGGUAGGGCCGGAAUCGGGGCCCCGCGGUUUGGAAGACGGCGGGGGCGGCGGGUUGCUGCUGCACGCGUGCGCAGGUCCCGGAACCCUCCUCGCGGUCCGCGAGGCUCUCGAGGAGGGAGGAGCGGAACCGGUCGGCGGAGGAGGGGCUGGGGGCGACGGCGAUUGCGCGCGGGGGGUAGGGUGCAGGGUCGGGGGGGGCACCACCGUUGCCGCGCUCGGAAGCCUGAGGCAGCACGGCGCGUACUGCGUGGUGGAGCUAGACAUGCCCGCCACCGUGCCACCGGGACCAAGAAGCGGCAACGGCAGCGGCGGCGUAGGGGCGAAGGAAGGCUGGUCGGUGGCGAGUGUCGCCUUCGGUAGGGUGGAGGCGGCCGAUGGGGAUCCGGAGGCGGAGAGGGAGAAGCUGGCUCACAGGGCAACCGGGAGCUUCGUGCUCAAUUUUGAGUGACGCUGUUGUUUCAUGUACAGUGCCAGGCCGUACAGCACAUACGAGUUCACUGCUUUUGUGGCCUGGACUCGUAUCUUGUCUGUGGAUAGAGGUGGAGCUCUUGUGUUUUUGUAAGAAAGUAAACGAGGCGUUUGCGUCUAUUAUCGUUGGUGAUUUGAAGUUGGAUUUUAGUUAUUUUUCUUGUUAAAGGACGAUCGCGACUUUACUUGCCCGCGACAAAACACCCGAGCUGCAAGACCUGCGUCCAAAUCCAAGCACUACGUGCAUACAAAGGAAGUGGAUGGGACAAGGAUGAGCCCAUGCACAUCAGGCUUGUGUGUCUUUUUU